AGUUCUCCAAGUCGCAGUUACUUCCCGUCUUGCACCGAAUGUUCCGUGAAUCACUAGACAACGACGAUCUGCCCCAAAGCUCGCACUAGUGAACAUCAUUUAUUCAAGAUGACGACUACUUCUACUUUCCAGGGUAUGGACACAGAUUCCAGAAAUUCUUCAAGAGUCCUGAAUCCCCCCGGUGGUGCAUCCAGCAACAUUUUUGGAGGUAACACAGAGGACACGCCCCCUCAGAAGAAACAACAGCUGAGAAAUGCUGACAAUGUGAAUCGUGGGUCAAACGAUAUCUUCAACCAGGGCCCAGUGGGAGGAUCGGCUGCACAAGACAAGGGACGCAACCAAAGAGGGGCAUACAACCCAAUCACAGGACAGCCCUAUGACACCCCCAAACCUCAGGCUGCGGCUCAACCUGCUGUUUCUCAGCCGGAGCCAAAGCAGUCGGAGGUGAAGGUUGCUGAAGCGUCUGGGUCAGAGGCUGCCAAGAGUGUGGAGGCCAGCCCACCCCCAGCAAACGAUCCCAAGCCCUCGGCCGCGCAACCAGCGCCGGCAGUUGUGUCGCAGGAACACACGUCAACACGCGUGUCUCAGCCCCCCGGCGGCCGCUCCACCAAGCUGUGGUGAUGUACCCACCAGCCCUGACUCCCUCAGACCACAGCUCCCUGCCUCUACACCAAUGUCUUUAUUGCUCGGUAUAGAACUGUGGUCCACAUUGCAGGAAAUGUUUAGCUUUGUCAGGGGGUGAGAGAUUUAUCAAUGUUAUGUGGGCUGAGAAUUGCACUGUCGGUUGUCAAUUUAUCUAUAGUUCUAUGGGCUGAGAGUUGUGAAUUUUGAAUAUUUUAUGGGAUCUUUGAGCUUAUGCUAUAGAUGCUUUUCCUUCCUCAAGAAUUAAAGAUAAAACCAGUUUGUUUGUUGAAAACCCUAACUUGUUUACAUCGAGGACCAUUUGAGUUUUGGUGGUUUUGUUAUUUUUAAAAAUUUCUUUUGACCUGCUUGUAGUUCCUUGUCCUUGCCAUUCAAUCAAAACAUUCUUGCAUUGUUUUUGUUUAUUUACCCCCACUUGUUAUAAGCUGUCGUAGCAUUCACAUGUGUAUAUAGGACCAGGUUUCAGUAUCUGACACAUUGUGACAUUGCUAAAAAAUAGUUUUUGUUUGGCAAAUUGCACUGCCUGUGAAUAUCCAUGAACAUAUUAUCCUGUACCCUGUAACACUGGUUGUGGAUAAAUACCCAUCAAAAAUAGUUUAUGAGAGCUUCAUGUGUCCCUUUAGCUUUCCCACCAAUAUCAGUGUAUAGGCAAUCGAUAUAAAUCUGUGAUCUGGAUUAUUUGUAUUUUACAGUGAGGUGAGCACAACAUUUUCUUUUUUCUGUCACUUUUCUUUGAUUGAUGUGUCUCCCUUUGAUGUAGAUGGCGUUGAUACUCAGGUACAGCACAGAAAAAUGGAACAGUGUAUGAAAUGAAAAUCUUUCUACAAAACUGCAAGAUUUGAAUUUUUUGUGUUUACGUAAUGUGUGUGAAUCAACUACAGCAGUAGCUAGCUAUAGUUUUGAGAGUGAUGUAAUCUUGAGAAAUCUGUGUGAUGUUUUCUGUAGUGUUUGCUGAUUUUGUUGAUCAGUUAUGUCACACACGGUGUUGGUGUGAACUGUUCCGUGACCUUUUUUUAAUAUUUGCACUGUAUUGAGGGGGAAGAGAUGUCAGAGGGGUGUGGCAAAAGAAAUGGAGGAAUUUUUGUUUCAUUUUGUGUGAGAAUGGGUUAUGCUUCAUAUAUGGAAAUGAUGGGCAGAAGAAACAUGACGCUCACACUUUUUUGUCUUGUGAUAAGUGCUCACAGAAAAUUUUUCAUAUACAUAAGAUGUACUGGGAACAUACAACAUGUUAUACAGUGUUUGAGCUCACCAUUUUGGAAGACUACUGGGCUUAACCAUCAUGGUGAAUUUUUACACUGUUAAUGACCAUUUAGUAGACAUCAUGUCGAUCAUUGAGAAGAGUGCAUACUAGUAUUGUAGAAACAGCAAUAGAACAAAUAUGAAAGUUUUUUUGUUUUUUUUUCCUAUAUCGUCACAUAAUGGUGAGAAUUACAUCAAGGGGAAAUUCUGUCAAGACCAAAGAGUUAUCAACUGUUGUCAAAUUGUUGAAUGUGAACAUCACCUCAUGUCUUCCAGCCUCGUUGAGAUUAUUUUUUUGUCUUCUCCGUAGUUCUCAUUUCACUUUCUGUAGAUACAGUGUCAUUGCCAUGGCAAUGCUGCCUUCAACAUGUCUGAGUAGAUGGUUGAAAGAGGCCAUGGCUUGUGUUGUAUACUACAGUAAACACUGUCAUAGAAGUCUCCAGUGCCUUAGCUAGGAGACACCCAUGUGUGAUUGUGUAGAAGUGAGCUAACCGUUGUCGCCUCUCUAGUGGUGUGAAGAAGCGUGUAGAGUCUGCAGGACAUUAGUGACAGUUUCUCAUCAUGAUAUAGAUCCACAUGUGUCGACCAUUUUUUGCACCACAUCGUUUGUAAGAUGAAGACGAAAUUAAUUGUUGGUAUGUGAAGUAUGUCGGGUAGUUUACUUAAUUUUAGCAGCUCCCAGCAUAAAUUUUUGCGGGAAUCGGAACAAAUCAAAAUAGAACAAACUCCCAUCUUUUUGUUGUAACUGAUAUUGGUCUGCUAUGUGUGUAUGUGUCCAAGGAUGACCCAGAGAAAAUUACAGAAAUGAGAAGUGGUUCGGGGGUGCUUUGGUAUGUUGUGCUCCUUUCCAAUCGAACGUCUACUGUCCCUGUCUCUCCUCCUUCUUUGCGUUGUACUCUCCAGUAACACCUCUAGUCUUCGGCACUUAUAAAUUACCUAUUUGUGUUGCAAUUGCAAGUGUUUGGACGUGUGUCCCUUGCAGUGGAUGGUUGGAGGGGGUCACUAGUUAGUCCACCUUCUUUUCUCUCACUGUUAUUUCUGUCUGUGUGUCUCACUUUUUUCCGAACAAGAAAUGACUCUUUUAAUAAUGAUAUGUUUUUCUUUAUUCAAACCACCCUGCUCCAUGUUGUGAGGCAUAUCUCUGUGUCUAGUAGCUAUGGCAGUAUGUCAUCUUCUGUCUGUGUCUGUAUCUGACACCAUGUAGUGUGGCAUAUAUCCCUGUGUGUCUAGCACUUACAAUAUGUCAUCAUCUGUUCUUUGUCUGUUUCUAACACAACAUAGUGCAGCCCGAGCAGUCUGUCGCUAUCCGUCCUCAGUUUGUGUCUAUAUCUGACGAUCACAUACUAGAAUCUUACAGGGUUUCUUCUUUUUGUUUUUAACACUUUUAAAUGUAGUGUAGCCCAACGUUUUGCUUUAGUCUUGACUUGGCAUUGCUUUGGACUUGUUGUGCCCUGGUGACAUACCUGUUCAUAUGUCAUUUUUUGAAUUUCGUUCUGCACUGUUAUAACUCUAGCCUUUUCACUCUGAUGGUCAGUCAGUUUUGUGUCCCAUUCUAAGUUUAGCAUUCUCAGUCCCUCAUGUUUUAUUUGCUUUGUUAUGUGCACCUUACAGGUUGUGGUUUCUUGUAUAGCUGGCUGACCUCUGAACCCUCUCUCGUGUAGUGAUAGAAAUAACAGGACUACUCAUUUCCUGUCCAUUUCCUUUGUAUUUGUCAAGGUGUUUGUGUCUAAAAAAAUAGAGUGCUGUAGGCCUACCUCCUCUUAUCAGGAAUACAGUAAGGACUGAAAAGACUGCUAUUAUUGGAGCCUGUGGGGAAUAGUAGAUUUGUAUUUCUAGGCUCACUAGUUUUGUAAAAAUUUGUUUGUAUCAUUUAAUUUGUUUUUGUUUCUUUAUUGGGGGGUGUCAACUAACAUUAUUUGUUUACUAAAAUCUGUACUUAUUUUGUACAGGAAUUUGUGACCAAUAGAUUGGUUCUGAAAACCAAAAGCAUUAUGUUAUAAAAGCAUUCCGAUACACUUUUUUCCCUAUGUUAUGGGCUUCAUUUGGUUCCUUUUCCCACCAUUGCUAGUCUUCAUUUCAGUACAGUAAAUAAGAACAAGCUUGCUUAGCCCUUUUUCCUCGUUCAGAUCUUUUUAUAGCUGGGAUUUCCUUUGCUCACCUUUGUUUUGCUAGUCUGUUUUCGGUCAUGUGUGUCCUAGUUUUAAGUUUCAAACUUCCUUUGUUGACUUUCCCAGGCUGCAGUUAGCUACACUGGCUAAGUAUCUAUUCUAGUAAACUGGAAAUUUGAUCUUAAGGAUACUGUUUAUCUUUUUGUUGUGGGUGUGGUAAAUGGGACUAUGGUUACGACGUAGCAGUCUUGUUUCUUCACGAGCACAUGUUAUAUUGUAUUUGAUACAUUAUUGGGAAGGUUGAUUGUGUGUAAUUGUGACUCAAGCUCUCUUACUCUUACUGUUGUGUUGUUCUGUUGCUUCGUGUACUAUAUCGUUCUUGACACUGCAUGCUUCAGCAAUGUUUUGUAUAUUAUAUAGACACUGCAUGCUUCAGCAAUGUUUUGUAUAUUAUAUAGACACUGCAUGCUUCAGCAAUGUUUUGUGUAUUAUAUAGACACUGCAUGCUUCAGCAAUGUUUUGUAUGUAUAUUAUAUUUAGACCUAUAGCUACUGCUCCACGACACGUUUAUUUCAAGAGCUUUUGAUUUUUCCUUCCAAACUGUUUUAUGUUGGCUUGGUAAGGACUUGGGUCAAAAGAUAUUUCCUUUCCCGUGAUCACAACAGUGUCAUUAGAAUAGGUCAGUGUAGUUUGAUGAUCGAGUAGUGGGUACUGUUACUAUCAAUGCAGUUUGACCUCACAGUUCUUGUUGACUGCUAUGCCAUAGAUAUCUCUCUCUAUGCAUCUCUUCCUCUGCUGUAUUCUUCUCUGCCGUUCAUAAUAUAUUUUGUCUCCUGAAACAAUACAACUACUUUGUAAGUUUGGGCACUUUUUAUCCAGAUAAAAGGGUUAAGGUAUAGUUUAUCUGUUAGAUCUUUAUUUUGUUACCGUGUUUCACAACCUUCGCUGCAGUCUUCACCAAUAGGUUGUUUGCUCUUGUUCUGUUUUGACUCAGCAAUACUUUUUUCUAUUGCUGUUUUGCUAGUUUUCUAGCAUGUUGUCAGUUCUGCUUCUCUGCGUUUGUUUAUGUUUGCUAGAGAUAUGUUAGUGUUGUUUGAUUUGUUAUUCUCAUGUUUGCUGGCGAUGUUGUAUCUACCAGUCUUGCUUUUUAUUAGCUCUUAAUAACUGUAAUAGUGUGGACGUACUGCUCUUUAUUCACUGUUAUUGUGUGUAUAAACUUCACUUUACUGAAACUUUGUGCUCAAUGUAAGACAUGCUGGCUUCCUCUGUGGGCCUGGUGCUGUGAAGGAGUUAUUUUAUCCCCAACAAGAUUUGAGAACUUUUUUCGUAAUGCCAUCCUGUCACUUUGCUAACAUUUUUUAAAAGAAGCUUUGUGCUUCUUUGUUUUCAACAUGGAACAACAACCUGAGAACAAGACCUGAAGUUGCUGGUUCAGGAUUUUGAACAUCGAAGGUUAUGAAAGUUACUUUUGCCUGUGUCGUGUGUCUAUGAGCUUUCUUAUCCAGGAGACUGCUAGUUCUGUGAUGUGCUCACCGAGUUGAUUUACUGAUGUGAGGUGACCAAACAAACCUUUCUGUCACAUUCUCUUCUUGAGUACUGUUUGAGACUAAAAGUAAAAGUUUUAUUUGUUUUGUUUUUUUCAACAUUUUGAUUCAUGACAAUUAAGGUUUCCCGGUCUUCUGUCAUUGAUUGAAAUUGUUCACCGACUGCUUUUUGAUUUACCAUGGCUUGUUUUGUCACGCUGUGUCAAGCCUUGAUGACAUUUCCUCACACAGUACGAUACUGCCUGCAGUGCAGCACAAAAUCUAGGACCUUCGUUGCAGCUCUAGAUACUUCCUAGUCUCUCUUAUUUGACGAUAUAAAGAAACUUUUAUUUAUUUUUUUACUGUAACUAAUGCUUUGUCUAAUAAAAUUCUGCUGCUU